CCGAGCAUCCCACCGGCAAUUGUAUGCGCUACCUAGCAUUUAAUCGAUUAAUGUUUCAGUUAUUAUUAUUAGCUAUUCUGACCAUUGGCUUUGCUGUCCUCACUGACGAACUUGAGAUCUACAGAUACCAUGAAGAGCAAUGGGCCGACCCAAGCUCCCUCGAUAUCGAAAUCACCCGCAAUGACUGGAACAAAACGUUCCGCACCAUUAAAGCAUCCCUUACAAACUUCAAAGGAGUCCACGGUUGCCCUUUGAGCUAUACUAUUCCUGCCACAACUGCCAUCCCAGCUGAUCCGGAUCCAUCAACCGAUUAUGCAUCAAUUGAGGACAAAAUCAUUGCCCAUGCUCCUAUUGUCAACACCCAAGGAGACUUUGUUGCUACAUUUCGUACUGAUAAUACCACCCUCUGGAAACUUUUGAGUGCGCUAUUCAAAGACACUGUUGACUGGACUGACAUCAAGCAUUGUGCCCAAACAAAGGACGGAAGAACUGCAUUUCUUGACCUAAAAUCCGCACGGCUUGGGGCCCAAUACACCAACAAUGUCUCUGCCAAAAUUGAGAGACGCUGGUUAGCUUUAUCCUACGCAGGACCAAAAAGCAACUGGAAGUUUACAAUUACGCCCGCAACCACAAGCAAUGCUUCCUCCUCCUUGCCGAGCUCGAUGAUUACCAAGAACCUGAUGAGCGAACCAGAGUUCGCAAGCUCAUUGAUCAGAUUGUCACUCGAGAGCUCGACACAGCUAUUAACAUGA